AUGUUUUUGAGCGAUACUGAGAAGGAUCCAAUGCUUGUGUAUCCGUUGGAAUUGCAUGGUUCAUGGAAGGAUUCAUUAGCUCCUUCCAAAGUUCAAGAUGUCUUUCAUACAUUAAAAGUUGUAUUCACGAUGACACGGGCGCUACAUUACGUAUUCAAAAUUGCCAAUCGGAAAAUGAGUCGUGAUUUUUUUAUCAAUGUUCUAAAAAUGAAGGUUCUACGACAUGAAGAAUUUAAGGAAGGUUGCAAAGCUACAUGUAAUGGACCAUAUAAUGGUAGAUGGAGUAAAACGAUGGUUGGUUAUGGGAGUGAAAAUGAUCAUUUUGUACUAGAAUUAACGUAUAACUAUCCAAUCAGUUCAUAUAAGUUGGGUAAUGAUUUUGGAGGAAUCUGCAUUCGAUCAACUGAUGUAUUUGAAAGCUGCAAAAAUUACGAGAAAGCUGUCAUUAUGGUGAAUGGAGAACUGGAAGUAGAGGAUCCUGAUGGACAUAAAUUUUAUAUAUCGUCACAUGGUCCUGAAUCGGCUGUCGCAGAUCCAAUUUAUAAAGUGAAAUUAAAUACACCUGAUUUGGAACAAACCUUAAAUUAUUGGAUUGAAUUGCUGAAUUUCACCAAGAUCAAAAAGAACGAAAACUGCUUCAUUGUAUCAACUGGUGAAAAAGAAAAGGUGGAAUGGAAUUUCAUUAACGCUAGAAUUGAUCGUCGUACCGGUUUUGGUAGGAUAGCUUUCUCUGUUCCAGUGAAAGAGUUAGAACCAAUACAAAAAAAGAUGGAGGAAACGAAGCAGAAAAUUUUAACUCCUUUAGUAAAAUUGGAUACUCCCGAUAAAGCAGCUGUUGAAGUUGUCAUUCUUGCUGAUCCAAACGACCAUGAGAUAUGUUUUGUUGGUGAUGAAGCUUUCCGAGAAUUAUCGCGAAUUGAUCUGAAUGCAGAUAUAAAACUGCUGAGGGCAAUCGACGAUGAUAAAAGUGGAGAAUACAAAAUACCUUUAAUCUUGCUGAAAUGUUUAGCAAAAAAUAACAGUGCUGAAUAA